ACAAAAAGAGCAGAGCUUGCAGCCGAGCUAAAGGAGGUAGGGGCGGGAAAAAUGUCAGGGCGCUUUCGCUUUCACUCCCCGGGUCCGGAAGGAGGAGAAGAAACGAGGCGGCGGCGGGCCUCGCGGAAAAGAAUCAGAUGUUCCUGCUGAAUGCAGUGAGUCAUAAUAUGUGGUGUAUCCCCCAAAACUGAAGGAUCUUUUCUUUGCUUGCAGAAGGCAAAAUUUGGACACAAGCUUCUAACAUUGGCAUAGGAGGGGGACUCUCAUCAGAUCUGCCACUGUGGAUACCAUAACAACCGGACAUUCAGAUUGACACUGAAGAUGAUGAAAAUAUUUUUAUUGUUAGGCAUUGUAAAUCUUGCUGCUGUACUGGGCUGUAAAACAGCCUAUUCCCUUGCUGGAAAUGGAAGCAAUCCCUUUCCUUGGAAUAAAAUUAGGCUUCCUAAGCAUGUCAUUCCGGUUCAUUAUGAUCUUCUUAUUCAUCCAAAUCUUACCACUCUAACUUUUACUGGAUUAACCAAAAUAGAGAUUACAGUAACCCAAAAAACUAGUUCAGUCAUCCUGCACAGCAAAUACCUUCAGAUUAUCAAGGCUACAAUGCAAGAAGCAAUGAAAAGCAGUGAUACUAACAAGGACAUGAUGGUUUUAGAAUAUCCGCCAUUUGAGCAAAUUGCACUGGUGGCUUCUGAACCGCUGCAAAUUGGCCACAACUACAUUAUUAGUAUUGAGUACUCUGCUAAUUUGUCCAGCAGUUUCCAUGGUUUUUAUAAAAGUACAUACAGAACUCCAGAAGGUGAAAUAAGGGUGCUUGCAUCGACACAUUUUGAACCAACAACAGCACGAAUGGCCUUCCCGUGCUUUGAUGAACCGGCAUUCAAAGCUAAAUUUUCUGUUAAGAUCAGAAGAGAUCCCAAACAUCUUGCUCUAUCUAAUAUGCCUUUAGUGAAAUCAAUAAACAUCAAAGAAAAUCUCAUUGAAGAUCAAUUUGAGAUAAGUGUAAAGAUGAGCACUUACCUAGUGGCUUUCAUUGUUUCUGAUUUCAAAUCAGUUACAAAGAUGACCAGCCGUGGAAUUAAGGUUUCGGUAUAUGCUGUACCACACAAGAUCAAACAAGCAGAUUAUGCCUUGGAUGCAGCAGUAAAACUAUUGGACUUCUUUGAGGAAUAUUUUAGCAUUCCUUAUCCAUUGCCCAAACAAGACCUAGCUGCUAUUCCUGAUUUUCAGUCUGGUGCAAUGGAAAAUUGGGGGCUGACUACAUAUAGGGAAUCUGCUUUGCUGUAUGAUCCUGAAAAGUCCUCAGCAUCAAGUAGACUUGGAAUUACUAUGAUUGUAGCCCAUGAACUUGCUCAUCAAUGGUUUGGAAACCUUGUCACCAUGGAAUGGUGGAAUGAUCUUUGGCUCAAUGAAGGAUUUGCAAAGUUUAUGGAAUUUUUAUCAGUAAGAAAUACCCACCCAGAACUAAAAGUUGAAGAUCAUUUUUUAAACAAAUACUUUGCUGCCAUGACAGUGGAUGCUUUAAAUUCCUCACAUCCUAUCUCGACUCCUGUUGAAGAUCCAGAUCAGAUUCUAGAAAUGUUUGAUGAUGUUUCCUAUGAUAAGGGAGCUUGUAUUUUAAAUAUGCUGCAGGAUUAUCUCAGCCCGGAAGUGUUUCAAACUGGACUUAUAAAAUAUUUGUCACGAUUCAGCUAUCAGAAUACUCAAAACAAAGAUCUGUGGAACAGCUUGUCAAAUGUUUGUCCUACAGGUGCUGCUGCUGAUCAGAAUAAUGGAGUUUGUGCCAGAAGCAGAGAGACAAUCUCAACUUCUCACUGGACAAAAAAUGAGCUCCAUGAUGUGAAGACCAUGAUGAACACUUGGACGUUGCAAAAAGGAUACCCACUAGUAACUGUUACAGUAAAGGGGAAGAAUGUCCAUCUACAGCAAGAACACUUUAUGAAAAGUUCUCAUUUAUCGUCACCAACAGGGAAUCUGUGGCACAUCCCUUUAACAUACAUGACCAGUAAAUCUGACACUGUUCAAAGGUUUUUGCUAACAACCAAAACAGGUGAUAUCACCCUGCCAGAAGAAGUGGAGUGGAUAAAAUUUAAUGUAGGAAUGAAUGGUUAUUAUAUUGUCCACUAUGAAGAUUAUGGAUGGGAUGCUCUUACUCGCCUUUUAAAAGAAAAUCAUGAAGCAAUUAGCAGCAAUGACAGAGCAAACCUCCUGAACAGUGCAUUCCAGCUGGUGAGCGCUAGAAAGCUGUCUAUUACCAAAGCUCUUGAUUUAACAUUAUACCUAAAAAAUGAAUAUGAAAUUACGCCUGUGUUUCAUGGACUGGAUGAACUAAUCCCUCUGUACAAACUGCUGGAGAAGAGGGACAUGAAUGACACGGAACAUCAGUUAAAGGAAUAUAUAGUAAAUCUGUUUAAAAACAUGAUUGACAAGCAGUCUUGGGAUGAUGAAGGCACAGUAUCUGAGCGACUGCUUCGCAGUACCCUUCUUAUGUUUGCAUGCGUACGCAAGUACCAACCAUGUGUGGACAAAGCCGAAGUGUACUUUAUGAAAUGGAAGAACUCAAAUGGAACUCUACAGUUGCCUAAUGAUGUUAAGUUUGCGGUGUAUGCUGUUGGAGCACAGACAGAUGAAGGCUGGGACUUCCUUUUCAGCAAAUAUCAGCUACCGGAAUUCAGCACUGAAAAGGAUGCGAUUGAAUUUGUUCUCAGCUUAAGCCAAAAUAAGGAAAAGCUGCAGUGGCUGAUGGAUCAAGGGUUGCAAGGUGACAUAGUAAAGACUCAGGAACUUCCUUACAUUGUUGUGAGUGUUGGAAGGAACCCUGUUGGUUAUCAGCUAGCUUGGAACUUUUUAAAAAGGAACUGGCAGAAACUUGUGCAAAAGUUUGAACUAGGGUCACGUUCUAUUGCAGUCAUGAUUACUGGAGUAACAAAUAAGUAUUCCACAAAGGCACAACUUGCUGAGGUAAAAGACUUCUUCAAUUCUCUGGACAAAAAAAGUUCACAGCUCCGUGCUGUUCAACAAGCAAUAGAAACAAUUGAAGAAAAUAUCCAGUGGAUGGAUAUGAACCUUGAACAACUCCAGAAGUGGUUACGAAACAACAGCAAACUGUAAGAUUGUGUGUGAACAACUGCUCCAGAAUUAAGAACUGUAAGUUUUCAAACAGACAUAAAAAUGCUACCCACAAACUCAGUUGAUACAAAAGUGUGAAGCAAGAUUGCUCAUUAGUGCAAAUGUAAGUUUGAAUGACAAGAGCUGCACAUGUGACCUACAUUUUCAAAGGCAAGAAAAUGCUAUGAAGAAUUUGUGUGCAUGAUAAAUUAUGUAUUUGCUGUUUUGUUCAUCACUGUAACUGCUGCAGUGCCAGACAAGAGAAGUCAUUUUUAAUAGCAGUUGCUUCUGUAGACAUACUUUCUGCUAGCUUUUUGAUGGACAUUAUUUUGAAAUAAGUUUGCAGGAACUAAACAAGUUAAUUACUUUGAAAACAACCAACACUUACAAUGAGAUAACAAAAUUAAGGGAAUGACCCUAGACCCUUGAAUGUUGAGUAACAUCCUUAAGGACUUUGAAAGUUUUUUAGUCCACUCUUGAUAAAUUAAAUAUGGGUAGGUUGGAGAUAGAUGCCCGCACUAUUGCUUGCUUUGCUAAUACUCUUAUUUCAGUUUUCUCUAGGGAUAUGCAAUACCACAAAACUCGUUCUGCUUGAGCUCAGCAGACUUCCAACAUAUUUCUGACAUGACUGCCAAAAGCAGGCCAAAUCAGGGCUUUGGUUUUGUUUCUGAGACAUUUUGCAAAAUAUUUGUACAAAUUUCAAAGCAAAAAUUCCGUGAAUUCCAUAAAUCGGGGCCGAUUCCUAAGGUUUGAGUUGAUCUUGUAGUAUUAAAAUGAGAAAUAUGGAAGCGUUCUCCUCUUGCUGUACAUGCAUAAACUCUACCUUGAGCACUGAUUUUUCUGAUGGUUAAUUUCAGAAUUGUGCAAAAUUCAGGCCUCUGCUCAAUUUGCACAAAUUUGUGAUUGCACACAUGUACACAAUUUGUGUAAACAUGUAUAAAUUAGACUGGAGUUGCAAGUUUCAGACUUUCCAGCUUUAAAAAAGAUACACAAAUUCAAUCCUUUUUGAAAACCAGAUGUGGCACCGUAUCAAGUCAAUGCUAGUGCAGGAUUGACAGAAUGAGCAGGGCCAAGUGAAUCCCCAUCAAUUCCUCAUUACACUCUAAAUUCUUAUAAAACCCCAACAUUCUGCCUACUUAUUGUUGGUAUUUUACCACGGCUAGAGGACCUUGUGACCCCUGACCCAAAGUGUGCUUCCUCUUUUAAUAAGCAUAAUCUAAAAUGUAAUAGAACCAUCAGAAAGUUUCUCUUUGCUAAUUACAGAUGAAAAAGGUAAAACCUUAGUACACCUUUUCAACCAAAAGCAUUUUUGCCCCAACUUUUCUAUUACUUUUUUUUUCAUGGGAGCCAAAACACAAGGGAAGGAAAAUAGCUUAGCAGAAUUAUCUCAGCUUGCAGUGUCCGCUCAAGAGGCAGAACAGAUUUUCUUUUUAGCAUUUUGUGAUGAAUGUUCACUUGUCAGAACAGAAUAUUAAUGUGCCCAGCAGCCACGGCCACAGCCCUAUUUAUAAGCUAAUGAACCCACGAGAAAGUUUUGCUGGUGCCAGUGUCUUUCAUAGCCUAGAAUUCUUCUUAGUCAUCGACACGUGCUGCUUGGCUGGUUCAUACUUCCAGGGAAUCUUGUAACAUGAACCAAGUAUCUGCUGGGGCCUUUUUUCAGCUCUGAGGGACUCUCUUUGAUGAGUAAUUAAUCCCUGGACCCAAUUCAAUCUAGACCUCCAAGAGUACAAGAUCCUGAAAUGUGGAACAAGUUGGAAUUCUUCCUUGUCAUAACUUAUUUCUGUAUCCUCGAACCUGACACAGCUAGAAGCUUCUGUGCAUGGAGAUCCUGCAUUUCAAACUAUUUCCCUCACAGUGGGCUCUUUGGCUUAGUUUAAUCUUGAAUCUCUGCACUUAGUUCACUAGGGUUCACAAUCCUGUCAAGGAGGUUAAUUGAGCAGGAACUCUACCAACUGCAACUAUUCCUGACCCUGAAUUGGUCCGGAGUUUUGACCAUGGGGAUUCUACUUUUGAGAAUGUUUUCAUUUUUGGUUGGAGCUCCAGCCAUGGUGUCUCUUGAAUUUUGAGCCAUAGCCAAGUUCUGAGCAUGAACCUGGCUAAGUUUUUGAACCCCUGCUGCUGCUCUUAGCCUUUUUCCUGACUAUGAUUAUGUACUUGCUUCUGGACACUCUUUAAUUUAAGCCAUGGACCAUUAGUUCCAUGGCCCAUGUAAUUUGUAAUUACCAAUUUGUAAUUUUUGUAAUUUGUAAUUUUUACCAUUAAGUGCCAUGACUUCUUAAGUGGGAACUGUGUCUCCUGAUUUACCUUUGAAUAAAGCUAAACCCCAGA